AUGUUUAACAAACAAAUUUUAUCUUUAUUUGUUGUUCUCCUUGUAAUCCUUGUCAAUUUUGAAAACGUCUACAAUGCUGCAAUUUCUCAAACAAAUAAAGGUCAACAAAAAAGGGAAAAAUUGUCUAAUCAUCAAAACGACUACAAAAGGUAUAUGAAGGGAAAUAUUCAACAAAAGACCUGGUUGGGAAAAUUGAAUUGGUCAGGGAUUUCUAUCGGUGUUGGAAUUUACCUUAUAAUUACUUUCAUAUUGUACUUGAUCAGCCGCUUCUUCUAUCGAAAAAGAAAAAAACAAGAAAAGGAAUUGGCAUUGCUUGAUAAAGUAAUUGGCUCUGCAACAGAAGAAGACAAAAAGAAGAAAUACGAAGAAGGAGGGAAGAAGAGGAGAGAAGAGGAGGAAAGGAAGAAGAGGGAAGCUAAAAGGAAGAGGAAAGGCCCAACUUCACUUCAAAUGGAUUCUUCCUCUAUUUUUGAAGGAAAAGAAAUUAAUACAGCCAUUGAAAUGAACAAGGACGAGGAUAUGGAGGAGAGAAAAUUCCUUAAGGAAUGGCAGAUAAAAGUAAAAGAAGAAUUGAUGAAGAGCCUGAAAGACUACGAGGAUCCAUUUAAAACUAUGCGAAAUGAGGCUAGUCAAGUGAGUUCAAUGGACAGCUUAGUAUUGUCAGAUUCUUCACUUGCAUCAACAACUCAAUCAUUUUCAUCGGCGGCUAAAGAAAAAGAAGCAACAAAAGAGGAAACAACGACAACUACUAGUCAAAGUAAUAAUCAAAGUGACGGUACUAGUGUGGAUGAAAGAAGUUAUUCUUCUACUGAAUCAGAAUCUUCAGAGGCACUUUCUCCAGAAAACGAUAAAGAUUGAGAGAGAAAAUGAACAUUUUGAGAGAAUUCCAAUUAGGGGUAAUAAAGAUAAUAAAUUUGUUUGUGUAUAUUUUUUGUUGUAU